AUGCAUCUUAUGUACUACCUCGACAAGGACGGUAAGCGCGUCUACACCCUCAAGAAGUCUAACCCCGAGGGCACCGCCACUGUCUCCGCUCACCCUGCCCGCUUCUCGCCCGACGACAAGUUCUCCCGCCAGCGUGUGACCCUCAAGAAGCGAUUCGGCAUCCUCCCCACCCAGCAGCCCCCUCGCGAGUACUAG